AUGGGGACUGAGAAGAAAUGGCUCUUCACACUCUUCUCUGCCACAUUUAUCUCCUUUUUGUUUUUUCUUUCCUCAAUUUCAGGUUUUAGUGCCUCGUACUAUUCUUUCACUUCCCACAAACCCUACACUUCAACCGUCCGGCAUGGAACUGGGUAUCCCCCGGCGUUUGCAUAUUACAUUUCCGGUGGUCACGGCGAUAGUGACCGCAUGUUUAGAUUGUUGCUCUCAAUUUAUCAUCCGAGGAAUCGGUAUUUGUUGCACAUUGGGGCGGAUGGGUCGGACGAUGAGAGAGCGAAGCUGGCCGGUUUGAUUAAGUCGGUGCCGGCGAUUAGGACAUUUGGGAAUGUGGAUGUGGUAGGCAGACCUGAUCCGGUGACCUACAUGGGGUCUACAAAUAUCGCCGCCGUGUUGAGGGCGGCUGCCAUCUUGUUAAAGGUGGAUAGUGGGUGGGAUUGGUUUAUAACAUUGAGUGCAUUGGAUUAUCCAUUGAUUACCCAAGAUGACUUGUCCCAUGUGUUCUCUUCUGUUAGAAGAGACCUCAGUUUCAUUGAUCACACCAGUGACCUUGGAUGGAAAGAGGGUCAAAGAGUCCAGCCAAUUGCUGUUGAUCCAGGGAUUUACUUGGCUAGGAGGACCCAAAUCUUUUAUGCCACAGAAAAGCGGCCGAUGCCUGAUGCUUUCAAAGUUUUUACAGGUUCUCCAUGGGUUGUCUUGAGCCGAUCCUUUCUUGAAUUUUGUGUUUUCGGUUGGGAUAACCUUCCCCGAACUCUUUUAAUGUACUCCACUAAUGUAGUUUUGUCCCAAGAAUUCUAUUUCCAUUCUGUAAUUUGCAAUUCACCAGAGUUCAAGAACACAACUGUUAAUAGUGAUUUGAGAUAUAUGGUCUGGGACGACCCUCCCAAGAUGGAGCCCCUCUUCCUAAACCAGUCAGAUUAUGAGCUAAUGGCUCAAAGUGGAGCUGCUUUUGCAAGACAGUUUGCAAUAAAUAACCUGGCGCUGGAUAUGAUUGAUGAGAAGAUCCUGAAGCGAGGCCAUAACCUAGCUACCCCAGGGGCAUGGUGCGCUGGCCGAAAGAGCUGGCUGACGGAUCCAUGCUCGCAAUGGUGUGAUGUCAAUGCUUUGAAGCCAGGGCCUCAAGUGAAGAAGUUUGAAGAGUCUAUGAACAAACUUAUCUCCGACUGGAACUCACAGUCGAACCAGUGCAGGUGAUGACAUUCUAAUUAAACAAAGAAUGUUUUAAGAAUCGGCUUGUGUUCUACUGCAUCUGAUUAU